AUGGAGAAAUCAAAGGGAAUUUCACAUGUUCGUGUGGCGUUCUGGAUUAUGUGUGUUGCUGCUUUUAUGCGCAUUUGUUAUGGCGAUCUGAGCUAUUCCGUGUCUGAAGAAAUGAAGAAAGGCACUGUGUUUGGGAAUAUAGCAAAGGAUCUUGGUCUUGGUGUUAAAGCACUGUCCGCACGUAAGGCUCGGAUUGACAUGGAAAGUGAGGACAAGCGUUUUUGCGAUCUUCAGGGUGGAGACCUGGUUAUUACAGAAAGAAUAGACCGCGAAGAGCUCUGCGGAUCCAAGCUAUCGUGUAUGCUAAAUUACGAAUUCGUUUUGGAGAACCCAUUGGAAUUGCAUCGGAUUACACUGCAAAUUGAGGAUGUAAAUGAUAACUCGCCUCGUUUUCCAAAGAAUGAAAUAAAACUGGAAAUCAGGGAAUCUGCCAUAAAAGGCGCUCGUUUCCCUUUGGACGAAGCGCACGAUUCCGACGUGGGGCGGAACGGAAUUCAAAGUUAUUCCCUUGAGAAAAACGAUUAUUUUAUCCUAUCUGUGCAUUCCAAUUCAGAUGGGGGUAAAUAUUGCGAGUUAGUUUUAGAUACAGAGCUUGACCGGGAACAACAGCAGGAGCUGUUAUUAUUGCUUACAGCCAGUGACGGAGGCUCUCCACAAAGGUCUGGCACUACACUCAUACGUGUUAUUGUCCUUGACGCAAAUGAUAACCUUCCAGUAUUCAGUCAAUCAGUUUACAAAGUCAGUCUACCUGAAAACUCUCCUGUGGGCACUGUGGUGUUGACUGUUAGUGCUACAGAUGCAGAUGAAGGGGCUAAUGGGGAGGUCACCUACGACUUCAGCCGCAUAUCUGAUAAAGCUGCCAGACUUUUCUCUAUCGAUGAAGUGACAGGAGAAAUUAGAGUGAUUGGCUCAAUAGACUAUGAAGAAAAAUAUGAAUAUGAAUUAAGAGUUCAGGCAAAAGAUGGUGCAGGGCUGGCCUCUCAGGCAAAAGUAAACAUAGACAUAACAGAUGUUAAUGAUAAUGCUCCUGUGAUACAUAUUAAAUCACUUAAUGUGCCAAUUCCUGAAAAUACAGCCCCAGGCACAGAAGUAGGGAUUAUUAAUGUGCAGGAUAAAGAUACAGGAGGAAACAAACAGAUCCGCUGUUCCAUUCAGCAGAAUGUUCCAUUUAAAUUAAAUCCAUCUAUUAAAAACUACUACACACUAGUUACUACAGCUGAUUUGGACCGUGAACUGAUAAGUGAUUAUAAUGUAACAAUCACAGCUGUUGAUGAAGGUUCACCACCAUUGUCUUCUUCCAAGACUAUUCAUCUCUCUGUCUCUGAUGUAAACGAUAACCCCCCUAUAUUUGAGGAGCAGUCCUAUAGUGCAUAUGUGACUGAGAAUAACAAACCUGGCUCCUCUGUCUGUUCUGUUACUGCGAGAGACCCAGACUGGAGACAGAAUGGCACAGUGUUCUACUCUCUGUUGCCCAGUGAGGUCAAUGGUGUUCCGGUCUCCUCAUAUGUAUCCAUUAAUGGAGACACAGGGGUGAUCCAUGCUGUGAGGGCCUUUGACUACGAGCAGUUCAGAAGCUUCAAAGUUCAGGUUGUAGCCAGAGACAAUGGUUCUCCCCCACUCAGCAGCAACGUGACUGUGAGUGUGUUCAUAACAGAUGAGAAUGAUAACUCUCCUCAGAUAUUGUACCCUACUCCAGAAGGAAACUCCUUCAUGACUGAGAUGGUUCCUAAAGCUGCUCUUUCUGGCUCGCUGGUCUCCAAAGUGAUCGCUGUUGAUGCUGACUCUGGACAGAAUGCGUGGCUGUCGUAUCAGAUCGUGAAGUCGACUGAUCCGGGACUUUUCACUAUUGGUCUCCACAGUGGAGAGAUCAGGGCUCAGAGGGACAUUUCUGAAUCUGACAGCAUGAAGCAGAACCUUGUGAUCUCAGUGAAAGAUAACGGACAGCCCUCUCUCUCUACAACCUGUGCCGUAUAUUUACUCAUCUCUGAUAACUUGGCUGAAGUUCCUGAACUGAAAGACAUGUCUUAUGAGGAGAGCAAUUCUAAACUCACAUCUUAUCUCAUCAUUGCUCUGGUGUCUGUUUCCACAUUUUUCCUCACUUUUAUUAUCCUGAUCAUUGCUGUGAGAUUGUGUCACAGGAGAAAGCCCAGACUGUUGUUUGAUGGAGCAGUAGCCAUUCCCAGUGCAUAUUUGCCUCCCAACUAUGCAGAUGUUGAUGGAACUGGAACUCUCCGUAGUGCUUACAACUAUGACGCCUAUAUGACCACAGGGUCACGUACCAGUGACUUCAAAUUUGUUACGUCCUACAAUGACAACACCAUGCCUGCUGGGAACACACUAAAGAAGAGUCCAAAUGACAACAGUGACUGUCUUGACUUUUUUGAGGAGGCAUCAAAGUUCUCCACUCUGGUAAUGCACUGAUUCAUUUUUAACUAAUGGCAGUAGUUAUAGAUAAAUUAUAUACAUUUGCAGGCAUGAUGGCAUGGCUUUAAAGAGACUUUUUGAAUUGCAUAUGUUUUUGUGUUUUAGCUGUGCUACCACUAAAGCAUUUUGACUGAUUG